AUGGAGAGCACAAGAGUGUUCGUGGGUGGUCUCCCACCAACAUGCUCCAAUGAUCAGCUUAAGAAACAUUUUGCAACUCGCUUUCAAGUCACCGAUGCUCAUGUCCUACCCAAACGUAGGAUGGGGUUCGUCGGCUUCAAGAGCCAUGAGGUUGCCCAACAAGCUGUGAAGCACUUCAACAAGACAUAUAUGAAGAUGUCAAAGAUCGCUGUAGACAUCGCUCGUCCGAUUGAUUCAAAUGACGCUGAGGAUGCUCACCCUACACGAAGACGUGAUACCACGAAUGUUAAUGAUGCAUCGUUGGAUAACAACCUGAAGCGCAAGAGGGACGGCGAGAAGGACCCCAAGCUACAAGAGUACCUUUCUCUUAUGGGAUCGUCAUCAAAAACUCGGACAUGGGCCAAUGAUGAUGAGAUGAUCAAGCCGGCUGUGGAUACUGUUCCCGUUAUUAACCAACCCGCGCAGGAAGAAGAGAUCCAGGAGUUGCCUUCACACCGGAAAAAGGCAAAGACAGAAGAACUCCCUACGGUAGUAGAGCCUGAGCAGCCUGAGCCUAUGGUCAUUGACAAGACUGAGGAAGACGAGGUUCAAGAAACACCUGAACAGGACAACUCUGCGGAGCCUGAAGUGGAGGCUGCACCAGUGUCUGACGCAGAUUGGCUACGGUCUAAGACAAGUCGUCUGUUGGGCCUUCUCGAUGAGGAAGAGCAAGAUGAGUUUGAUCAACACAAGGCCGCCCUGCCGACUACUACGACGACUGCUGUGCCAACCAAAGCUGCUUCACCUGCCUCGUCUGACGAUGAGUCGCCGCAGCGUGACGAGGAAUCGCGCACUGCGGCCAUUGAGAAAAUUGCGCCCAACACGACUGACGUUGACAGCAUCACCGAGGGAACGCCGCAAGAUCCGAAUAUUGAGCUUAUUCGGAACUCCGCCCGUUUAUUCCUCAGAAAUCUUGCAUACGACACCACAGAAUCGGAUCUCCAACCGAUUUUUGAACGCUUUGGAAAGAUUGAAGAGAUUCAUAUUGCUUUUGACACCCGCUCUACAACCAGCAAAGGCUUCGCUUAUGUGCAAUACUCCGACGCCGAUGCGGCCAUUGAUGCUUACCAGACUCUUGAUGGAAAGCAUUUCCAGGGUCGUUUGCUCCAUAUCUUGCCUGCUUCUGCGAAGAAGACAUACAAGAUUGACGAGUACGAAUUGUCAAAGCUUCCCCUCAAGAAGCAAAGAGAGAUCAAGCGGAAACAAACCGCCGCUGGGUCCUCAUUCAGCUGGAACUCCCUUUACAUGAACGCCGAUGCUGUAAUGUCAUCAGUGGCUGGCAGGCUCGGAGUUUCCAAAUCUGAAUUGCUUGAUCCCACCUCUUCAGAAGCUGCAGUCAAGCAAGCACAUGCUGAAACGCAUGUGAUUCAAGAAACGAAAGCCUACUUCGCCUCGAAUGGGGUAAAUAUUGAUGCUUUCAAGCAGCGCGAACGUGGAAAUACGGCUAUUUUGGUCAAGAACUUCUCAUACGGUGUCACGUCGGCAGAGCUCAGGAGCCUGUUCGAACCAUAUGGCAAGAUUAUUCGACUCUUGAUGCCACCGAGUGGCACUAUUGCUAUCGUGGAGUUUGCGCAACCUGACGAGGCCCAAAAGGCCUUCAAGGGUAUGGCAUACCGCAAGAUGGGUGAUUCCAUUUUGUUCCUGGAGAAGGCGCCGAAGAAUUUGUUCGAUGGUUCAGCGGCUCCACGCGCACUUGCUCCCGAGACUCGGGGCAAAGAUCAAGGAUUCUCAACUGCAGACACCUUUGCUGCAGAUGAGCCCGAUGAUAGCGUAGCAACCACAACACUCUUCGUAAAGAACCUCAACUUCUCAACCACCAAUGAGAAGUUCCUGGAAGUGUUCCGACCUCUGGAUGGCUUUAUCACCGGUCGCAUCAAGACAAAACCCGAUCCCAAGCGACCAGGACAGACUCUCAGCAUGGGAUUCGGCUUUGCGGAUUUCAAAACGAAAGGUCAAGCCCAGGCUGCUCUGUCGGCUAUGAACGGCUACAAGUUGGACCAGCACGAGCUUCUCAUUCGCGCGUCUCACAAGGGCAAGGACGCCGCCGAGGAGCGGAGACGCGAAGACACCGCAAAGAAGGUUGCGGCGCGCAGAACGAAAAUUAUCAUCAAGAAUUUGCCGUUCCAGGCCACGAAGAAGGAUAUCAGAUCUCUGUUUGGAGCAUACGGACAACUUCGAUCUGUGCGUGUUCCUCAGAAGUUCGAUCACACUGCUCGUGGUUUCGGAUUUGCAGACUUUGUAAGCGCUCGCGAAGCGGAGAAUGCCAUGGACGCGUUGAAAAACACGCAUCUCCUGGGGAGACGAUUGGUUUUGGAGUUCGUGAACGAGGAGGCCGUCGAUCCCGAGGAGGAGCUCGCGCGCCUAGAGAAGAAGGUAGGAGAGCAGAUGGACAGGGUCAAGCUCCAACAGCUUACUUCUGGCGCCGGGCGCAAGAAAUUCACUGUAGGAGGGCAGGAGGAAGAGUGA